GGGUGGGAAGCAGGGUGGUCUACAAUGGUACCAUACAUAGGAAUGGAAAUAAUUGAAGGACAGUGGCAUGAAUUCACAUGUAUUAGCUGCCUGCUCUAUGCACUGGGGAGCUGAAAUGUGUGAAUCUUCCGAAGGAGCUUGUGGGGUCAAAGGGGAGCACAAAUAGGUGUGACAAAACAGCGGGAACUAAGCAACACCAGAGCUGCAUAGCUGUUACUCAGCCAUGAGAGUGGAGUCCUCUUCCAAGUUAUGUCCACUAGGGAAUUGUAUGGCAGGAAGAUGUGAUUUUCUUUAGUUUGCCCUGGAUUCCUGAUUUGCACAGCACCUGGGUCCAGCCCGCAGCCCUAGGGUUCAGCUCAGACUCUGUCAUCUGGACCAUGAGGAUCUGGUGGUUCCUGCUUGCCAUGGGAGUCUAUACAGGGAGCAUAAACUCACAGGACACGUGCAGGCAAGGGCACCCUGGCAUCCCAGGGAAUCCUGGUCACAAUGGCCUGCCUGGGAGAGAUGGAAGAGAUGGAGCAAAGGGUGAAAAGGGGAAUGCAGGAGAACCAGGACAUCCCGGUGGCCCAGGGAAGGAUGGAAUGAGCGGGGAGAAAGGAGAACGAGGAGCAGAUGGAAAAGUUGAAGCAAAAGGCAUCAAAGGUGAUCAAGGCUCCAGAGGAUCCCCGGGGAAGCAUGGGCCAAAGGGAUCUGUUGGACCCAUGGGAGAGAAAGGGCUCCAAGGAGAGACUGGCCCUAAGGGGCAGAAGGGAGAUAAAGGUGAUGUGGGUCCCACUGGUCCAGAAGGUCUAACAGGCAAUGAUGGACCUUUGGGUCCCACUGGCUUACCUGGCCCUGUAGGUCCCAUUGGCAAGCCGGGUCCCAGGGGAGAAGCUGGACCUAUGGGACCCCAGGGUGAGCCAGGAGUUCGGGGAGUAAGAGGCUGGAAAGGGGAUCGAGGAGAAAAAGGAAAAAUGGGUGAGACUCCAGUCUUGCCAAAGAGUGCUUUCACUGUGGGUCUCACAGUGUUGAGCAAGUUUCCUCCUUCAGAUGUACCCAUUAAAUUCGACAAGAUCUUAUAUAACGAAUUCAACCAUUAUAAUGUGGCUACGGGGAAAUUCACUUGCCACGUUGCUGGGGUCUAUUACUUCACCUACCACAUCACUGUUUUCUCCCGGAAUGUGCAGGUAUCUUUGGUCAAAAAUGGGGUAAAAAUACUGAAUACCAAGGAUGGUUAUAUGAGUUCUGAGGACCAGGCCUCCAAUGGUAUGGUCCUGGAGCUGAAGCUUGGAGAUGAGGUGUGGAUGCAGGUGACAGGAGGAGAGAGGUUCAAUGGCUUGUUUGCAGAUGAGGAUGAUGACACAACGUUCACAGGCUUCCUUCUCUUCAGCAGCUCAUGACACAGAAGACUGUACAUCUGCAUCACCAUUGGUCAGAAUUAGCUUUUAUAAUUCCUUCAAUUAUUGUAAUAAUCUUUAAAAGGUGCAAAUGGGAAAAUCACUUGUAAAAAUGGUUCUGUGUCACUUACAAUAUUCCAAAGAGUAAAUUUUUAAAUAGUU